CUUGAUUCAAAACUUGUCAAAACUUGAUUCAAAACAAAUGUCAAAAAUUGACAAAAGUUAAUCCAAAGAGUACAAUAAGUAUAGGGAUCUAUGUUUUGUUGUUAUUGUUGUGAUAUUUGUGUAUAAACGUGGUGUUUUUGAACAACUAUCUCUUAAAAUAUCAGUAUAAUCAAACAUUUUACAAUUAAAAUCUGAAAUGGAAGAAAUAUUGGAGAAAUGUCAUUUCGUGCCCAUGAGUACUAUGAAAAAGGUCAUAGAUUUUAUAGAGAGUCCAAUGAUGUUUGAUCCAAUCAAGAUAUAUUGCAAAAGAAACUUACUGAAGCUACAGCAGAGUAGAAAUAAUUCCAAGUAUCAGGACAAGGAUCUUAAGACAUUCAAAUCAGUACAUCGGAUAGCUUGUUGCAAGGCUAUAUACUCACAUAAUUGGAACAAACUUUUAUAUUUGCUGAAGAAAUGCCCUCCAUGGGAACAUAACUGGAAAGAUGUCAAUGAAGCUGCUCUGUAUACUAGGGCUUUGGUUAUCCUCAUCAUGUACCACCCAACUUCACAAGCGCUGGGGCUGUUAAAUGAAUACCUCCACUUAGUCUGGUCAUGUCGUUCAGAUGAAGUGAAGAAAGCUGUCCUUAAGAUACUACUGACAUUACCUGAGAAAAUACAUGGUGUUACCAACAGUAGAUAUAAAGAUACUGACAAAGAGUAAUGAGGUUUUUUAUAGCGGUAUUAGAUAUAAGGAAUAAUGUUUCUAUAAGAAAUUGACUGAAUAGUAUUAUGUUGGUACUUGUUGUAUGUAAGUAAAGCUGAUUAUUGUUAUUGUAAUAAAUGAUUCCUGUUUAUAUUAUAUACAA